UGGUGUUACUGUACCACCUCUGAGCCGAAGUGCCUGGAGGGAGGCGUGUUCUGAACUACGUCUCCCAGCAGACCGUGCUUGCGGGCUGAAGGAAGCAGUCACGGUGGUUCCUCCUGGACUUUGGGCAGAGAUUUUAAGUCUGAGAGGCGACAGGCUCCUGACGAUCCUCUUCCACGCAGCCCGUGUGUCUCGCCACAAAAAAAGAGCAGCUCCUCUCCCCGCCAGCAGAGCCGGGAUGGCGGUGCAGGUGACGGUUCUGCCUUCCCCCAGGUGUCUGUUUGAUGACCCCGUGCAGAUCUGUGUGGCCGGUCUCCUGCCACAGCAGGCGGUCACCCUCCGAGCCAGCCUGGUGGACGAGAGCGGGGAGCUUUUCCAAGCCCACGCUCGCUACAGAGCUGGGAGCAGCGGAGAGCUCGACCUCAGCCGCUCCCCUGCGCUGGGGGGCAGCUAUUCAGGAGUGGAGCCGAUGGGGCUGCUGUGGUCUCUGCAGUCUAAAGCGCCCUAUAAGCGGCUGGCAAAGAGGAACGUCCUGACCCCUUUCUGUGUGGACUUUGAAGUGUAUGAGGGACACGGGGACAUGAGCCACUUGCUGGGAAAAUGCACCAAUGAGCGAUGGUUUAUAGGAGAGGGGGUGAAGAGGAUUUCGGUCAGAGAAGGUCGUCUGAAAGCAACUCUCUUCCUCCCUCCUGGACCUGGUCCAUUCCCUGGACUUAUCGAUUUGUAUGGAUCUGGAGGAGGUCUUGUUGAAUACAGAGCAAGUCUUCUGGCUAGCAGAGGCUUUGUGACUCUGGCUCUUGCUUACAUGGCCUUUGAAGAUCUCCCUGCUAUGCCAGAGAUUCUUGAACUGGACUAUUUUGAAGAAGCUGUAAACUUUUUGCAGAAGCAGCAGCAGGUGAAGGAUACUGGGAUUGGCGUUUUGGGCUUGUCUAAAGGAGCUGAUCUAGCCCUUUCCAUGGCCACGUUUCUACCUGGAAUCAAGGCAGCUGUCAGCAUAUCUGGAAGUGGUUUUAAUUCUUUCAUUCCCCUGCGGGUGGAUGGCUUCACUGUUCCUCCCCACCCGUAUGAUUUGGGGAGGAUGAAGAUCAGUGACGAGUCUGGCCUAGUAGAUUUCUCAGAUGUCCUGGAUGAUCACAGGGACCCAGCGACUUGGGACUGUCGCAUUCCUAUGGAGAGGUCCUUGGCAAAGUUCCUCUUCCUGUCUGGACUGGAUGACACAAACUGGAAAAGUGACGUCUAUUGCCAGGAUGCUGUUCAGCGCCUUCAGCAGCAUGGACGGAAAGUGGAGUUUUGCUCCUAUUCUGGAGCAGGGCACCUCUUGGAGCCACCAUACCUGCCUCUGUGCCAGGCUUCGAUCCACAAAGUGCUUGGGGUAUUUGUACACUGGGGAGGGCAAUGGAGGGAGCAUGCCAAAGCCCAAGAAGAUGCAUGGCACAGGAUACAGGCCUUUUUCUGGCAACACUUGAUGGACUCAGACAUCCCUAAGAGUAAGCUGUAGUGGAAGCUGUCAAAGGUGCUAACCAGGGUUGGUAUUUCAGCUCUCACUGAAUCUUGGAAACUCAUUGAAAGUUUCCUGGCCUGCCUUCUUCUAAACCCCACUGCUGCAUAGUUGUUUAUUUUCAUUCCCCAAACAAUUUCCCAUUUUUUUGGUUGAAUUUUAGUUGUUUUCUGGCCCCAGCUGCAGUGUAGAUUGGCACCAUCUGAUCUGCCUGUGUGCUGUAGUCAUCUGAGAAAAACCCAGCAUACCAUCAUUCAGAUUGCAUUUGUACUGAGCUGUCUUGCCCUCAAUCUCAAACCAUCAUCUUUGGUAGCAGGAAACACUCUCAUAGGAGGAGUUUUCCAUUGACUUGUUUAGUCUUGCACCUUUCACUAACCUAGAUGUAAACAGCAAUUUCUUGAGACGGCACAUCAGUACACUCACCUUUCCUCUUGGUAUAUCAUUUUCUCACAUUUCUUAGUAAAAAGGUUGCAGCAAUUCUGAUCUCAACUGGGUAAUCAGACACCCUUCUGACUUAUUCUGAAGUGCGGUGAUUACAUUUUUUUUUCUGGUACCUCAAAAACCAGAAGUGAAUCUUAUUCAGGCUACCAGGUUAUCUGCUUACUCCAGAUAAGUUACGUAUCAGGGUAAAGUUUCCACUGCACUACUCAAUAAAUACACUGUGUAUGUGUGUAUGCACAGUUUACUUGAAAUUAUCUGAAUGAAGCCUUCAAUUGUCUUUAUUCCUAUAAAUAAUACAUAGGCAGAAAUCCUGGUGUAGUCACAAGCUGCUGCUUCACCUAGCCGAAGAAUUUAUGUCCAGAAGUCCUUCCAUCGGUAAGAGGAGUGGGGGAGUCUGCCGUAGGCAUCUGCACAAUGCUCGAGAUGGGGGUGAUAUAGAUGUGCUAAGUACCUUCUUUUGAAUGUUGAAAGUCAGUUUAUCCCUGUUUUGGGGAGGAAGAAUAAAGCCGCUGCUGUUGCUGAAUUCCCGGGAGCCCUGUGGAGUGGGCUGUCUCUGCGCUCUUGCCACUAUGGCAGAGAGCUGUGGGCUCCAUGACAGCUAGGAAAUGCCACUCUGCAGAGAGGGCUGACCUUGCCUUCUGGGGAGAAUGCGCAUCAUCUCACCCUUUACUGAGGUAACAAAUCUGCCAAGGACAGCUGUGAUCUACCUUGUGCAUUUGUGGGAUAGUGGCAUACAGCAGCUUGCUGGCUUUUUCUUGAUAUCAAAUGGCAUCAACUGAGCCGAUUUUGCUUCCUGGAGCAGUCAAGGCUCCCAUUCUGACCACAGAAGCCAGGUGGAGCUGGGGGUCUCUGCCUGCGCUGAGGCAGCACAAUCUUGCCUUUUAGAGGGCAGUAGUCCCUGGUUUCCAAUUUCUUCUGGGACGUGAGCCCUGCAGGAGCCUGGACCCUGCUGAGGGCAGAACCAUACCCUUAGUUAUUGUGCUUCAAGGAGCAAAGGCUACUCAAAAUGAGCCUCAAAGGGCUGUAGGUCCAUUCAAUACAUGCAAUGCAGAGCGUGCCCUUUCAUUUACUUCCAAUUUUCCUGCCACAGCCCUUCUUCAAAAUGGUGGAUGGGUACCACUUAGCUCAAGGUGUAAGCAGUUAGAGUGGGGAGGUGUCACUCCUGCUCACCUGUACUGGUCAUCCAUCAAGUUUUCUGCUAUUACCUCUUCCUCGUUUCUGUUUUUCCCCUGUGUGUCUAUGUCCUGCAUGGACUGUGGUUGUUCCAGAUGUUUAGUGAGUGGGCAGGACCUGGCAGAAGAGCAAUGUGAUGCAACAAGUGAAGUCAAACCCAUUUAAGCAUUUCAGUCUGAGUAAGGGACAUUUUCUUUCCCCUUAUUUUUCUAUUUUAUUGAAGCAGUCAAAAAACCCUGGGUUGUCCAUCCACGCUUGCGUCAGACUCAGGGCACGAGGCUGUGGUACGAGUAAUUUGGUUCUUUUGUUUUUUCUGAACACAGUGAGGCUUAUACAGUACACUGGGGCGUUCUCCCGCCUGUGGGAUAACGCAUCUAUUUCAGUCCCUUCUGAGGGGAAGACAAACUUUCUCAGCCGUCAGUGGGCAGUUUACAGAUAUAUACUUCGAAUUACAAAAUUGUGAGCUUCUGAGAAAGUACAUUUUCUUCAACUAUAGGAAACUACCAUUAAAAGGAAAAAUACUUUCCAUCAGUAAAUCAACUAUGUGGUCAGUGAUGCUUUCAUACAGUCUGUUAUGUUGUCACAUUCAGCAAUCGGGUGCAGGAAAACAGUGUUGAAACUAGAGGAUGAAGGGAGAUGACAAGAGCACAUAGGAACUCUUUGUUUCGUUGCUCUGGAAUGGAAGCUUUGCUACCCACUUAAAAGCCCUUUAUUUAUCACUUGGAUGGCAGCUGGCAAGAAAAGACGGAAAAAGCUGAUUUAGCUGAGCAGCUUUGUGCCACUUGCAAAGAAGAAAACAUGCCAGCCAACCCAGUUGCACUGGGAAUUCUUUUUUAAAUCAGCUGGCCUUUUAAAAUUAAACUCGAGUUUGAAACUUACCUUCAGGAAACUGGAAACUGAAGGGAGACUAAUACCAAAUAAUUGCAAAUAGCCUAGCUUCAAUAAAAUGCUUAUGCCUGUUCUUUGACGUGUUCUUCAGUGUUUUGCUGAAGACUUUGACUACUAAAUGUUUCUUCUACUGAAGAGGUGAUACAGACAAAUGGGGCUAAUAUCACAUUUUUUUCCAAGUUAGUGACAAAAAUUCUACUAAUUACAGCCUGUAGACUCAGGGUGCUUCAUAUAAUUUCUCUAGGCUUACAGAGUACAGACAACAUUAUUCAAGAACGAUGUGAAAGUUAUUUAAUUAAAGAUAAUUGAUCUUUAGCUGCAAAAGACAUCCUAUGCCAAGCGCAACUGAUAAUAAAAAUUGGAUGGGGAAAGCUAUUCUUGUAAUCUGCUUGUAGUUGAAAAGUGCUUCAGAUAAAAUAGAGCAUCAAAGGACUGGCUUGAACCAAAAGAUCUCGGCUUAAUGCUUACAUCAGUCAUCCCUUUGUUUGGCACUUUGCGCUACAUAUCUAUUAUGAGAAUGAGAAAAGCUUGUGAUGAGUCUUUUAGGAAACCGAGAAGCAAUCUCCCCACAUGUAAGCUGCUAUGAACAAAUUUAUUGUAAGGAAACAGUACAUCUUGCAGUGCUCUUUUGGGGCAGGAUGGUUUCCCUAGCUAAUUUGGAAUAGGGCAACGGUAGAGAUUGCUGAUUUGCCAGUUCAUUCUUGAAAUUUUCCUUCUUUGCUCUAUUUCAACUUGUGGUCUGUCUACAUAGAAAGGAGACUACCCCAAAAAGAAGAGAACUGGUGAGAAAAAGCACGUCCUUGAGUGGAACAUCACUAAACUCUACUUUUGCCUUACUUCCCUGACGCCAUGAAUCUAAUAUAAUCCGUGUGAAUGCAGUCUAAGUUAUGAGAAGCAUAUAUAGCAUUAUUUUAAACUAGGUGUCCGUGAAGCAGGUUACAGGCUGUUUGCACACGGAGACCUUUGGAUACAAUUAUCCUUUUUGUUGUGGGCUUUCUGUAUCACAAUGCAGAUGGUUUUCUUUACAUAGCUGCAUCCUGCAGUCCUAUCUACUCAGUAACCC